UAAGAAGCUUGUUACUGAAGAUUGGUUGAAAUAUUUUGUUAGUUUAAUGAGCAUCAAAAAAGAAGUAAAGCGCGAAUAUGAAAGCUUUACUGACUAUACUAACAUUGUAUUAAGUGAAAAUAUGAAUUGUGAAAAUAAUGAAAUUAUAAGAAAGAAG